CGGAAACGCUGUAUGAGCCUAGAUGACUGACGGUGUGUAAAGCUCAAGAUAUCGAGAGCUCUUGCCGAGGUAGCCUGGUAUAAGUCGCCGAAAGUGGAGGCCAGGCACAAAUCUCCCCUCCAGGUGCCACAUUCGAAUUUCCGUCCACGUGGCGAUUAUGGAGGCCUGGAUUGUCCACCCCUCCGACUUUUGCGACCAUCUCGCCCGAAGGUCCCCUACAUCGACAACAGCGACUACCACCCCGUCUUCUCGUCGUCAACAACCAUGCCCGUCCGCCCGAUCCACAAGCGCGGGCCGACGAGUUUGGCCCGCAACAUCCCUCGCUUGUCGUGGGACCGCGAGAACCUCUUCAACAUCUGGCUGCGUACCAACGCCGAGUCGCCGCUUUACCGUGAAACACAAUUCAACCGCUCGACCAAGACCAUCUUCCAGCAGCGUUGGACGGCGAAGCGCUUGACCCAGGGCUACCACGCCGAGCACAUGGGCACGAAGAAGUUCCAGCGCUGGUUCCUCCCUGAGAUCUUGCCCACUGUGCGACACGGUGACGAGGUGAAGCGGACAAACGACCUAGCCAAGUGGGUCGAGGGCAAGGAGAAGGCGGGAGGGCGCACGAUCGCCGAGAAGGUCAUGGCUGAGACGGCCGAGGAGGCGCGUUCGCCCGUCGGUUCGCUCAUGUGGUCGGAGGUCGAGCGGCGGUUGGAUGUGCUCAUCUUCCGCGCAUGCUUUGCGACCUCGGUGUGGCAAGCGCGCUCUUACAUUACCCAGGGGCACGUCAAGGUCAACGGAUACGUUGUCCGCAACGCCAACGUCCAGCUUAAGCCUGGAGACCUCUUCUCAAUCAACCCGGACGCUAUCCCCAUGCUGAAGAAGAUUCAGCACGAGCAGAAGCCGCGGUGGAGGAAAUACGUCUCCGAGGCCGACGCCAAGGCUCAGGCGCAGGCGGUGAAGGCAGCGGGUGCGGCCUUCGCUGCGGAAGCAGAGGCAGCGGCCGAAGCCGAGGCCGAAGCGGCUGCUGAAAGCGAGGAGGGGGCCACUGCUGAGGCUGAGCAGAGCACGGAGGCAGAGGGUACCGAGGAGGCUGCUGAGGAGGUCGCCGAGAAGAAGUCGAUCCAGGAGGUCAAGGCCGAGAAGCGCGCCGCCCGCGCCGCCGAGGAGGACAAGGGCACCUACUUCUACCUGCCCGAGUACGCGUCCCCGCACAUCUUUGUGCCUGCGUACAUUCUGCCGUCAUUCCUGACGUGCUCGGCAGUGUACGUGCGCCACCCGACAGCGCGGCCAGGCUACUCGGAGAUCCCAACGCCGUACGACGCCGACGGGCCGCUCCAGUCGCUGUCGUGGGAGUGGUUCCAGCAGGUCGCACCGCGCAUGAAGCCUAAGCGCCGCGCGCGUCUCAUGAACCCCCAGCGCACGCAGGAUAGGCGGCCAUAGGAGUUGUAGGACACAUAGCAUUGCAUGGCACUGAUCAUUUGGCG